AUGAUCGGCCGCAAAGUCGUCUUGGAGCUCAUCAGCACCGACGUCGACGCCACCGAGGUCUCAUCUCUCUCCAAUCCCCCGCAUCCGUCUAGUUGGUUACACGGACAGUCGAUCAUGGAGAACGGGGAAAUCGAGAGUACAGAUGAGGAGAUGCCGUUACGGGGUGGGCGGCAAUACAGACCAGUCGGAUCGCAUGAUCGAGCUAUUAUCCAGAUGUCUUCAAUGGAGCGUGGAUCUGUCCAGGAGAUCCCACUGAAAAAUCUUAAGGUCGGUCCUCAGGCCAACAUUGAUCCAAGAAUGCAAGAGGGAUCUUCUGAAAGUCAUGAGGCACCCAACGGAUCUCACAAGGAAUCAAAGCUUGAGCUAUUUGAUUUUGACUCUCUUGUUAACAUUUUGGGACUCAAGAGUAUGACAGGUGAACAAAUUCCGGCACCUUCGAGUCCUAGAGAUGGUGAGGAUGUAACGAUUACCAUUGGACACCCUAAG